AUGGAAAGCGAGAAGAUCAAGAUGUUGCGUGGAGAACUUUACUAUUCCAUGGACCCCGCACUGUUCAAGGAUCGUCAAGACGCGCGCAAAUUGCUGAAACAGUACAACGAAUUGGACGGCGCCGAGACCCCUCAAGCUCAAGCGAUCCUGUCGAGUUUACUGGACGCUAAGGGUCAAGACUGCUUUGUCGAAAUGCCGUUCCGCUGUGAUUAUGGAUACAACAUCCGGCUGGGAGACCGCGUCUACAUGAAUUUCAACUGCGUAUUAUUGGACGUGUGCGAGAUCACCAUUGGCAACAGGGUUAUGUUUGGGCCAAAUGUACAGCUUUAUACAGCAACACACCCGCUAGGGCCGAAAGCGCGAGCAUCUGGAUACGAGCUGGGCAAGCCAAUUACCAUUGAAGAUGACGUGUGGAUCGGUGGUAAUGUCGUGGUCGUCCCUGGCGUUAGGAUCGGUCGGGGUGCGGUCAUUGGAGCAGGUAGUGUUGUGACCAAGAAUGUGCCCCUGAUGUGUGUGUACGCUGGGAAACCAGCCAAAUUCGUCAAGAAAAUUGAAGAAGAGUGA